GACUGAGUUUUGCACUUGUUGCCCAGGCUGGAGUGCCAUGGUGUGAUCUCAGCUCACUGCAGUCUCCACCUCAGCAGGAGAGCAGGAAUCUUCAGUGAUCCACGGGCAGAUCUGCAGCCAUCGUGGGCACCUGCUCCUCCCGCGACCUUUGUGCCCGCGUCUCUCCCUCCAGUACCUAUUGCACGACCCCCCACGUCCGCCUCCUGCCAUUGCCAGCAAGUGCCUUGUGCGGGUACCUGGCUGUGCUUAUUAAUCCAUUAUGGUCGCUCUGUCACUGGUACCAUUAUGUGCUCACGUGCCCACUCCCUCAGGUUUAGAAGGCGCGUUGCCCGGCAACAGAAGAGUCUGCUGGCUUAGCCUUUGGCCGAGUUGGCAGCUGGAUGAGGACGCUCAGAGCCCAGCUCUCGAGAGUUCAAGCAUCCGACGGUUCCCCACUGCUCCCAGGAGCGGUUACCUGGGCACUCUGUGCCCCUCAUUCCUGUUUGGGCCAAGGCCGAGGACCUGCGAGUAGGCCUCAGUUGCCUGGAGCCCCUUCAGCCCAUCCCCCAGUUCACUUUGCUUGUGGGAUCUCCCCGUUGCUCCUGCCCCUGGACUGAGUGGCAGGCCAUCCUACAAGCACCCGGACACUCGACAUCAGUGGCAUCAAGACAACUCUAAGAAGCUUUUCCCUGAUCCUGCAAGACCUGUGUUCCAUCCUGGUGAUUCUGCCUUCAAUUUCACUGCACAGGUACCACAGUAAGCCAGUGCUGCGUGCUCCAAGUUCCAGGGCAUCCCCCAGCUCAGCCACUACACUGAGCACAAGGACUCUGUGGGGCCCAGAAGCAGGUAGUCACCCCUUUGGGGUCCACAACACUCAGCUGUGCCCAGACUUGUGUCCAGGGAACAUAGUGUUGAGGGCCCUCAAGGAGAGUGGGGCAGGGAUGCCUGAGCAGGACAAGGACCCCAGAGUCCAAGAAAAUCCUGAUGAUCAGAGAACGGUCCCCGAGGUCACCGGGGAUGCACGGUCUGCAUUUCGGCCCCUGCGGGACAAUGGAGGCCUCUCUCCCUUUAUGCUCAGGCCCAGGCCUCAGCAGACAGACCUCCAUGCCCAGAGCUCACAAAUCAGAUAUAAUCAGACAUCCCAGACCUCCUGGAGGAGCUCGAGCAACAAACGAAAUGCCAUCUCCAGCUCCUACAGCUCCACGGGAGGCUUGCCGGGGCUAAAGCAGAGGAGGGGGCCAGCCUCAUCCCGCUGCCAGCUGACCCUCAGUUACCCAAAGAAACUGAGUGAGGACAGGCCUCAGGCUGUCUCUUCGGGUCACACACGGUGUGAGAAGGUGGCAGAUACAGCACCAGGGCAGACACUCGCCCCAAGGGGUGGCUCCCCCAGAUCCCAGGACUCUAGGCCCCGUAGACGCAAGAUUCCCCUGCUGCCACCCAGGCGAGGGGAGCCUUUGAUGCUGCCACCUCCCUUAGAGCUGGGGUAUCGGGUCAUGGCUAAAGACUUGCACCUGGAAAAAGAGGCGGCAUUUCAGCGAAUCAACAGUGCACCGCACGUUGAGGACAAGGCCAUCUCGGACUGCAGACCCUCACAGCCUUCCCACACUUUGUCCUCACUUGCAACAGGGGCUUCGGGUGGGCCUCCCGUUUCUAAAGCACCCACUAUGGAUGCACAGCAGGACAGACCCAAGUCCCAAGACUGCCUGGGCCUAGUGGCCCCCCUAGCAUCUGCUGCAGAGGUCCCCUGUACAGCUCCCGUGUCUGGGAAGAAGCACAGACCACCAGGACCCCUAUUCUCCUCCUCAGAUCCCCUUCCUGCCACCUCUACCCACUACGGGGACUCAGCCCAGGUCACCUCGCUGAUUUCUGCCCCCUUCACAGCCGCAAGCAGGGAUGCCGGCAUGAGAAGAACAAGGCCUGGCACGUCAGCUCCUGCAGCUGCCGCAGCAGCCCCUCCCUCCUCCACAUUGAACCCCACGUCGGGGUCACUACUCAAUGCAGUGGAUGGAGGCCCCUUACAUUUCUCGGCCUCAGCCACAGCUGCAGCAGGUGCCCAGAGGUCAGAAGUGAGAUAUAAGCAGAGAUCCCAGACCUCCCGGACCAGAUCGUGCCGCAAACGAAAUGCCAGCUCGAGCUCCCACAGCUCUACGGAAGGCCUCCCAGAACUAAAGCGGAGGAGGGGGCCAGCCUCAUCCCGCUGCCAGCUGGCACACAGUUCCUCAAAGACAGUGAGGGAGGACGGACCUCAGGAUGUCUCUUCGGCUCACAACCGCUAUGAAAAGAAGGCAGAUACAGCACCAGGGCAGACACUCGCCCCCAGGGGUGGCUCCCCCAGAUCCCAGGCCUCUAGGCCCCGCAUGGACAGUGCACCGCACGUUGAGGACAAGGCCAUCUCGGACUGCAGACCCUCACGGCCUUCCCACACUUUGUCCUCACUUGCAACAGGGGCUUCGGGUGGGCCUCCCGUUUCUAAAGCACCCACUAUGGAUGCACAGCAGGACAGACCCAAGUCCCAAGACUGCCUGGGCCUAGUGGCCCCCCUAGCAUCUGCUGCAGAGGUCCCCUCUACAGCGCCCGUGUCUGGGAAGAAGCACAGACCAGGAGGACCCCUGUUCUCCUCCUCAGAUCCCCUUCCUCCUGCCACCUCUUCCCACUCCCGGGACUCAGCCCAGGUCACCUCGAUGAUUCCUGCCCCCUUCACAGCUGCAAGCAGGGAUGCCCGCAUGAGAAGAACAAGGCCUGGGAUGUCGGCUCCUGCAGCUGCCGCAGCAGCCCCUCCCCCCUCCACAUGGAUCGCCAGGGUGAGGUUACUAAAUGCAGUGGAUGGAAGCCCCUCAUAUUUCUGGGCCUCAGCCACAGCUGCAGCAGGUGCCCAGAGGUCAGAAGUGAGAUAUAAGCAGAGAUCCCAGACCUCCCGGACCAGAUCGUGCCGCAAACGAAAUGCCAGCUCGAGCUCCCACAGCUCUACGGAAGGCCUCCCGGAACUAACGCGGAGGAGGGGGCCAGCCUCAUCCCGCUGCCAGCUGGCACACAGUUCCUCAAAGACAGUGAGGGAGGACGGACCUCAGGAUGUCUCUUCGGGUCACAACCGCUAUGAAAAGAAGGCAGAUACAGCACCAGGGCAGACACUCGCCCCAAGGGGUGGCUCCCCCAGAUCCCAGGCCUCUAGGCCCCGCAUCGACAGUGCACCGCACGUUGAGGACAAGGCCAUCUCGGACUGCAGACCCUCACGGCCUUCCCACACUUUGUCCUCACUUGCAACAGGGGCUUCGGGUGGGCCUCCCGUUUCUAAAGCACCCACUGUGGAUGCACAGCAGGACAGACCCAAGUCCCAAGACUGCCUGGGCCUAGUGGCCCCCCUAGCAUCUGCUGCAGAGGUCCCCUCUACAGCUCCCGUGUCUGGGAAGAAGCACAGACCAGCAGGAUCCCUGUUCUCCUCCUCAGAUCCCCUUCCUGCCACCUCUUCCCACUCCCGGGACUCAGCCCAGGUCACCUCGCUGACUCCUGCCCCCUUCACACCUGCAAGCAGGGAUGCCGACAUGAGAAGAAUGUUUUGUGUUCGAAAUUGUUUGAGGGGUUUGGGUUUAUUUUUGUUGGUUUUUUUUUUCUUUUUUUUUGCUUACAUGGGCAUCCUUCAGCUUUUAAUAAUCUGAAAAAUUCUAUUUACCCAUUGUCAAUCUGUAUAAAUUAAUCUGAGUCAAUUUUACACAAAAAAAGGUGAACUUUUAUGUAUGAAACAAUAACUUAACAAAAAAUGUACCAGAAGAAGAAUGUUCAUUACAAAUAUAGGAAACAUAAAUAUUACCCAAUAUUGGCAAGCACUAAAAUGUUCAGAAAUAUAAGUCUAUUACAGUUAUAGCUCUCUCAAGCAAAAAAAUAGCAGAGAAAAACUUAGUUUACCUUAGGGGCUAUUUAUUUACUUAGAGAUUUGUUAAAAGGUCAAAUGGGGUCACACUGAAUACGAAGAAGAGCUGUUCACCCAGGCCUCACUAAGAACUCUUCUUCAUUCAGUAGCUAUAUAGUAAUAUGACAACUGCUCCUACGACCCAAAGAGGAACUACAGCAACUACUCUUUAGCAUCUGUUGCUCCCAACUCUGCUUUCCAAUUAUAUGACUCAAGCAUUCUGGCUCCGUUAACUAUUACUGCUGUUACUCCCAAUUAAACUCCCUCUAAAAAAUAAAGAUUUUUAAAGCUGUAAUUUAAGCUCUCUGCUGCCUCAUGACUUCAGUUCCAUCAGAGUUAUGCAUUGUUUCCUCUGUACAUCUUUGCUCUGCUUCCAUUGCUAAUUCCCUAGUAAAGUGUUGUAUAUUCAAAGUUCCAAAGAAACAGAAUAUCCAAGACAUCACCAAUCGUCCAAAACACAGUGUAGGAGGCCACAGUUAAGAGAAGCAAGACCAUUAGCUCUUUUUAUAGGCUGGAGAACAACAGGAUGCUUUGGUCCUGUAUCAGCAGGAUGCUUUUCGGGUAGAUCCUACUGCCACCCUAGCUAUGGGCACAUGUCAGAGUCCCAUGUAAUAAAGGAGACAAAAGGAAACCACCACGAGUAUAAACUAAGAAAAGUACUCCAAGGUUUCUAAGAAUGGAGCUGUAGAACUCACUUUGCCCCAUUUGUUACUUCUCCACGGUACUUACCACCACCUAUUAUAUAUAUUUGGUUUAUAGUCAGUCUUCCCUCAUUAGAAUGAAAGUUCCGUGAGGAUAGGACUAUACAGUCAGCCCUCAGUAUCCAUGGGGGACUAGUUUCAGGAUCUCCUGAGGAUAACAAAGGAUACUCAAGUCCCUGAUAUAAAAUGACACAGUAUUUGCACAUCACCUUUGCACAUCCUCCCAUAUACUUCAUAUCAACUCUACAUCACUCAUAAUAUCCAAUGUAAAUGUCACGCAAAUAGUUAUCGUACUAUAUUGUGUAAGGAAUAAGGACAAGAAAAAAGUCUGUACAUGUUCAGUACAGACGCAAUUUUUUCCCCCAAUAUUUCCAAUCCUUGGUUGGCUUCAUAAACAGACGUAGAACCCAGGAAUAAGUUCUGGUGUCCUAUUGCAUAGUAGGAUGAGUAUAGUUAACAAUAACAUAUUAUAUAUUUGAAAAUAGCCAGAAGAGUAGAUUUUGAAUUUUCUCCCUACAGAAAAAUCAUCAUGCAAAUUACCCUGAUUUGAUCAUUACACAUUGAGUACAUGUAUUAAAACAUCACAUUGUACCCCAUACAUAUGUACAAUUAUGUGUCAAUAAAAAUUUAAUGUCAAUAUGUGAAAUAAAAUGAAAAAAUAAAAAUUUUUAAAGGUGUAAUUAUCUCCAUCUGGUAGGAAUAUAUAUAAUCUGAAAUAAAAAAUAUAUUUGUAAUUGUUAGGACAAAAUAGAUUAUAGAUUAUUUUAAGUUUGCAACUUAUAAAUUACAAAAUUGUCACAGAACCUGAAAAAUUAUUGGUAUUGUUAAAUAUUUAAAAAGCUGUCCUUGGAGAGAAAGAAACCUAUCAGAUUUACAUCAACAAGUGCAAUAUAUCAGCCUAUUACCAUCUGCUACAGACUGCAUGUUUGUGUUCCCUCAAAAUUCAUGAUAGGCCGGGCGCGGUGGCUCAUGCCUGCAAUCCCAGCACUUUGGGAGGCUGAGGCGGGUGGAUCACGAGGUCAGGAGAUUGAGAUCAUCCUGGCUAACAUGGUAAAACUCCGUCUCUACUAAAAAUACAAAAAAUUAGCCGGGCGCAGCGGCGGGCACCUUAGUCCCAGCUACUGAGGAGGCUGACGCAGGAGAAUGGCAUGAACCCAGGAGGCGGAGCUUGUAGAGAGCCGAGAUUGUGCCACUGCACUCCAGCCUGGGUGACAGACAGAGCGAGACUCUGUCUCAAAAAAAAAAAAAAAAAAAAAAAAAUUCAUAUGAUAAAGCCCUAACCCCCAAGGUGAGGAUAUUGGGAGGCGUGGCCUUUAGGAGAGAAUUAGGUUUAGAUGAGGUCAUGAGAAUAGAGCCCCUAUGGUGGCAUUACUUCCUUUAUAAGAAGAGACACUAGAGCUGCUUUUCUCCCUACCAUGUGAGGAUAGUGAGAGAAGAUGGCCAUUUCCAAUCUAGGAAGCAGGCCCUCUUUAAGAAAUGUAAUUUGCCACCACUUUGAUCUUGUACUUCCAGCCUCCAGAACUGUGGGAAAUAUCUUUUUUUUUUUUUUUGAGACAGAGUCUCAUUCUGUCGUCCAGGCUGGAGUACAGUGGUGCGAUCAUGGCUCACUGCAACCUCCACCUCCCAGGUUCAAGCAAUUCUCCCACCUCAGCCUCCCAAGUAGCUCAGACUACAGGCGUGCACCACCAUGCCCAUCUAAUUUUUGUAGAGACAAGGUUUUGCCAUGCUGCCCAGGCUAGUCUCAAACUCCUGAGCUCAAGUUAUCCACCUGCCUCGGCCUCCCAAAGUGUUAGGAAUACAGGCAUAAGCCACCACGCCUGGUCAAAAUAUCUACUGUUUAAGCUACUUAAUUUAUGGUAUUCUGUUUUAGCAGCUGAAGCAGACUAAGAUACCAUCCCAUAAGCUACAGACCAGCACUAUCCAAUAGAACUUUAUAUGACGAGGAAAUGUUUUAUAUCUGUGCUAUCCCUUACGUUAGCCACUAGCCACAUGUAUCCAUCAAGUAUUUGAAAUAUGGCUAGUGCAACUAAAGAACUUAAUUUUUAAUUUUUUUUUUUUUUUUUGAGAUGGAGUCUCGCUCUGUCCCCCAGGCUGGAGUGCAGUGGUGCCAUCUCAGCUCACUGCAAACUCUGCCUCCCAGGUUCACGCCAUUCUCCUGCCUCAGCCUCCUGAGUAGCUGGGACUGCAGGCGCCCACCACCACGUCUGGCUAAUUUUUUGUAUUUUUAAUAGAGAUGGGGUUUCACCGUCUUAGUAAGGAUGGGCUCGAUCUCCUGACCGCAUGAUCUGCCCGCCUCGGCCUCCCAAAGUGCUGGGAUUACAGGUGUGAGCCACCACGCCUGGCCAAUUUUUAUCGUAUUUAUAUAACCAUAUGUGGCUGGUGGCUAAUGUAUUGAACACUACAGCUGUAGACAAUAUGAAACAAAUAUAAAGCAGUCUCAACUUUGGAAAAACAGAAGACUCUUACUGCCUCAUAAUAUAGAUGAAAAAUGAAAUACUAAGAUAAGUAAAAUGUUCUUUAAAGAACAAAAACAAAAGAAAACCUAAUGAAAGCUAUAAAAGUCCAUUGGAUAAUAAUGCUACCAGUACUAAGGAAGUACAGCCCCUAAAAGUGACUUGCAGUCACAAAUAUAAAAAUGACUAUUCAAGUGAACUCUUAAGGUAAAAAUUUGUUAUUCACCAUGCUCCAAAAUGGUCUGUAAUAUUCUUCAGAGAUGGCAUGGUAAAGUACGAUACAAGGGUAAUAUUAACAGUAUGCUGUCACAGGUGCCAUUCUCUUACAAAAGAAAUCCCAAAAUAAAUAUAAAUGGAAAGCAAAUAAUUAAACACACUAAAUACAGAUUAUUACAAAAAUCCAUAAGGAAUUCUGGUGGAGAAACAACUUAAUAAUCAAAAUCCGAAAUAUAAAAUUUAUCUAUCAAAAAUGAAAAUGCUGACAGUUUCUUGCAAAAAAAAAAGUUUAGAAAUUUUUUUAAUAUAAAUAAAUAAGAACAUCUUUUUAAACAAAAUCUUAGGCUGUUGAGUCCCGUUUAUUUUCGACACCUCUAAUUCCAAAGCUGAGAAACAAACGGAUACUUCAGAAAAAAAAAAAAGAAUAACUCAUGACAAUUUGUCUUUUGGACACAGAAUAUAAACGAAAAAUAAAAUUUAUGUCUAUCUGGCCAGACCUCAAUUGAAUUUUUCA